GGGGAGUCCGUCUCCGGGCAAAGCCCACGUGUGACGUCAGGAGUAAAACUUUCCAGGUCUGGCGCGCUCAGCUGAUGACUGUUCGGGUACAGUGUACACAAAAAUGUGAGUCCCGCUAGCUCUAUACAACAUGGUUCCCGAUUUGUCUCCCUUGCAGAAAGAACUUCUCCAAGCUUUGUUAAACUCCGGGCUUACGAAAGAAGCGCUGAUCCAAUGGCUCCAAUCCACGCAGGUAGACCGAGAAAAGGAGAGCCUGGACCAAGAAGAAGUUUUGCGGGUGUCCAAACUAGAAGUGGACGUGGAAGAAGAUGAUGAGGCCAUUGAGGAAGGCAGCAGGAACCACCAGUCGGAUCGGGGUCCCACGGGACGCAGUCGCACCGGCUCCGAGAAAGAAAACGAGAGAGCCUUCCACGCCAAAUUCUCUCACCUGAGAUCUAACGGUCAACCUGGCAGCUUGGUAGAACACCUGUUACGGGAGGAUCCAUGGAAGGCAGCCAAGAUCAUCAAGUCCUACAUGCAGCAACACAACAUCCCCCAGCGGGAGGUGGUGGACGCAACCGGUCUGAACCAGAGCCACCUGUCACAGCACCUCAACAAGGGCACUCCCAUGAAGAACCAGAAGAGGGCGCUGCUGUACAGCUGGUUUGACAGGAAACAGAGAGAGGUUCAACAACAUUUCUAUGCUGUAGAAUUUGCUGGGACGACUGGGCUGGAUCUGGAUGAUGGUUAUGACUACGGACCAGACAGUAAGCGAGCCAGGAGAAACCGGUUUAAGUGGGGACCGGCUUCACAGAGGAUACUGUACGAUGCUUACCAGAGACAACGUAACCCUAGUAAGGAGGAGAGAGAGGCACUAGUGGAGGAAUGUAACAGAGCUGAAUGCCUGCAGAGAGGAGUGUCUCCCAGCCAGGCUAGUGGUCUGGGUUCUAACCUGGUGACAGAAGUAAGAGUCUACAACUGGUUUGCCAACCGGAGGAAAGAGGAGGCCUUUAGACACAAGCUGGCCAUGGACGCAUACCAACAGCAGCAGCUGCCACAACAGCCGCAGCAGCAGCAGGCGCCUCCGCAGCCGCAGCAGCAGCAGCUGCAACAACAGCUGCAGCAGAGUCAGGUGCAGCAACAGCAGCAGCAACAUCAACUCCCACAUCAACAACAGCCGCAUCAGGUGCCGGCAAGUCUAAAAGAAGCAGUGUACCAGGCAGCUAACCAGUCCCAGCAGCCUCCAGUACAGUCAGGACUGGCCAGUUCAGCUGCCACACCCACUCACCACACAUCUGUUGUCAUGGUACCAGGCACCAUGCCGUCCAGUGGACUGCAUCGCACUCAGGGGACGACCACACUAGCAAACAUGGAUACAGGAGAGUUACAGACGUUGCCUCCUGUCAGUUCGCUGACCCCUAUUCACCACAAUGGUAGCCCCCGCCACUCCCAGACUCCCGAGCCCUCCUCACAACCCUCGCACUCCCAGAAUCCUCAGCAGCACACACCCCUGCCUGGAGUCCUGUCAUUUGCACAAAGUUUAAGUACGACACCACAAGGUCACGUGAUCCUACAAAACGUUCCGACCAAUCAGCUCCUUCAUCACGGCAUCUACAGUCAGCUGGCUGCACAGCAGGCCGCCAUGUCAGGUCGAAGGUCACCACCGCCGAGAACCCUGACCAGACAGGAGUUCAUGCAGGCCGUGGCUGAGCUGCAGAACCAAUCGAUGGGUUACCACCAGAAGUCGGACCAGUCCUCCAACCAGCAGCACCUGACACUACAGCAGCACCUGCAGACCAGAGUACCCUACAGCGCGCACGUCUCCAUGGCAACAGUCACCGAGAACCGCGACACCAACCACCUGCAGACCAGCCGCACCAACGAGAACGAGCUGCUGCAGCAGGGCGCCACGGUGCGGGUGCAGGUGCCGAAUAACACAGGUAUGGUGAUCUAUGAACAUCAGGGCAGUCAGACAGUGGCAGCAGAGGAGACAGUCAUGUCCACUAGUGAAGACCCCAUGGACAGUUAUAAUGUUGCACAGGAAGUUCAUGUAUCCACAUCCAACAUGUGAGGCCACUACAGUCUGCUUCUUCUCCUUUCUUUUCAUUU